CCCUCAACUUCAAAGAGUCACAAAUCACCCUUAAUCAAAAAGGGUGCAGAAAUUUUUUUUGGGCCCUCCCCGCCAUGAGCUCCUACGUAGCCAAUUCAUUCUAUAAGCAGAGCCCCAAUAUCCCUGCCUAUAACAUGCAAACUUGUGGGAACUAUGGAUCGGCCUCAGAGGUGCAGGCAUCCAGGUACUGCUACGGCGGAUUGGACUUAAGCAUCACUUUCCCACCGCCUGCGCCUUCCAACUCUCUCCACGGGGUAGACAUGGCUGCCAACCCCCGGGCUCACCCCGACCGCCCCGCCUGCAGCGCCGCGGCCGCUCCGGGACACGCUCUGGGCAGAGACGAAGCGGCUCCUCUGAACCCUGGGAUGUACAGUCAGAAGGCGGCUCGCCCGGCGCUGGAGGAGCGAGCUAAGAGCAGUGGGGAGAUCAAAGAGGAGCAGGCGCAGACAGGGCAGCCUGCCGGACUGAGCCAGCCACCGGCCCCGCCACAGAUUUACCCGUGGAUGACCAAACUGCACAUGAGCCACGAGACGGAUGGCAAGCGGUCCCGAACCAGUUACACGCGCUACCAGACCCUGGAACUCGAGAAAGAAUUCCAUUUUAACCGCUACCUCACUCGCCGCAGGCGCAUAGAGAUUGCCAACAACUUGUGUCUCAACGAGAGACAGAUCAAGAUCUGGUUCCAGAACCGCAGGAUGAAGUGGAAGAAAGAUUCCAAAAUGAAGAGCAAAGAAGCUCUUUAGAGGAAGCAGGGAGCCCUCAGAGAGCACCCCGGUCUGCUGUGGUCCCUGCGCCCUUCCUUUUCGGUUUUCCUCCUUCUAGAUUUUGAGGCGGAGGCUAGAGCACUGGCUCCGGGCCUCCCAGACAAAAGCGCAUUUCUUUGGCAUUCCGAAUCCCCAUCGACCCAGGGUUCCGCAGGACCGCCUGCACUGCCUGUCUUGCCUCAGCUCAGCUGAGCACCCCAGGCCCGGGGCACAUUCUUGUAGGGCGGGUACUGGAUAAGUCUCAGCCUGGGCUGCCUCUCUCGGCUCCGAGCCCUAGUUCAGCUAGCCUGAGUUAAGGUGAGACAGACUGACUGUAACCCCUUCUCCCCGACCUCCGCCUCACCCUCUUCUUUGUUCCUGCCUAGGCUGACCAGCCUGCUGAAGGCUGGUUGUGCCAGGCAGAGGCUAUGACUAGCUAGAAUCGGGGUGCUUUCAACUAACCUUUGUAACUUCUAAACUGUCUUUGCUCAUUAAUUAUUUGCAUAUGAAAGAGGGAGAUAAGUGAAAGUGGGCCUGUAACCCCGGAGGUUGUCCUAUGCUCUCUAUACCUUCCAAUCCCCUUCCCAAAGCCCGGGAACUUCCCUAGCCUGGCUUGCUGCAUGCACUCUCAGGUUCACAGUUCCAGCCUGCUAGCUAGCUCAACUAUUGGGGUCUCUUGUCUUUGGACCCUAGCAAGUUGUUCUUUGAGGCUUUUUGCUAUCCUAUAUAUCUUGCCAUGACUUUCUCACCUUCCUGCCCCAUUGCAGUUGCCCAACUAUUUAUUGACUCCAAGCCCUUCCUGAAACUAUAUUUUGUCAUAUCAAAUAAAGCCAGAAAAAGAACAGGACUAAAGAUUCAAUUACUUCUGUCUGUUUAGGGCAUGCAUUGAAUUGAUGUGUCUAAAUAGGCUCUGAGAUGUAUUGGGAGGCCCAGUCUUUAAACCAUCCCUUAAAAAAUAUUUUUAAACACCUUUAGGAGCAGCAAGAAUAGGGAACAAUGGAACUGAGUUCUUUUCUUGAUUCAUGGUUCCAAGAAGGGCCUCUGGGGUGAAGGGGAGUACACUUGAGGACUCCUGUACUGUUGUUUCCACUUGCUGUGUGUGUCUAAGUUACCCAGACUUUUCUAUAUCCUAUUCUCAACGUUGGCUAAAACAACUUGAGACUUGAAGCUUCUAGACUGUAGUCUGUACUUUAUGCCAGAGAAUAGUAGCUCUGUGGCUCCACUGACUUAGAUUCAGGCUCUUCUGGGUCUAGGUCAUCCUUGUAGGUCCUUUCUGACAUAGAAGAAAGGUUGAGUCCUCUGUCUAGAUGCCAGAAGGAUUCGCAGCAAUAGUAGGUGCUGCUUGGUAAAGAGGUGUUGGGGAAGGAGAAAUGGCCACGGUUUGAGAUGUUCUUCAGCCUUCUAAGAUAUGGGAUGGGGCAAGGGGGACUAAGGAGACAGUGAAUGCAACCUGCAGUGUGUGCCUGCCUUAGAGAAAACAUACAGACUGCUCCCUGUCUUCUAGGGUCUAAGCCAAUGAAGGACAGUUAACUGGAAUAAGAGCUGUAUAGAUCAGUGUGGGAGCCAUGCCUGUUUGCUGUCAUCUAUCAUAUCUCUGAGAUUUUGUAUACAGGGGGAGGGUGCCCUAUAGGAGAGGGUAUGCAGCUAAUUCAGGUGGGGCUGGCCUAGGCUGAUGCGCUGCUUAGCUCCACUCCAGGCUCCAGGACUUGUUGAAGGAGGAAGUACUUUACAGGAGAAACAAACGCACGGAAUGGGCCCAUAAAACCUUACUGCAUUUCCUCUCCAGCCUUCCACAAUGGGGUGAUUUCCUGGAGCCAAGCCUAGGCCCCCCACACUGGAGGAGUGGGGAAUCUGAAACUGGGCUAAGGGCUGCUCUACACUAGGACAGAAAGGAAACAGAGUGGCUCUGGGGAGGGGCAGGGAGAUUCCUUUUUAUGAUUAUUAAUGCUUAUGCUCUUUGAAUUUAUUAAAGGUCUGACUUCACUGC